GUGGCUGCGGACGGUGUAAGAAGGAAGGCGUGGCGCAUAUCGUUGGUUGGUCCUCCCAGACAGCCCGGUUUCCGGUCCCCUCCCAAGCGAGGCAGUUUUACUGUUCCUUCUGACCGUUACUACUCCAUCCUCUUCCUCCUCCUCCGUUGUCGCCUUUUCUUCAGUCUUUUCGAGGACUCCCCUCUUCGUGGUUAGGUGCAAUAGGAAACCGAAAUCAUGACAGACUCCAAAUACUUCACCACCAAUAAAAAAGGGGAAAUAUUUGAACUGAAAGCUGAACUCAACAAUGAAAAAAAAGAGAAGAGGAAGGAAGCAGUGAAGAAAGUCAUUGCUGCCAUGACAGUGGGGAAGGAUGUCAGUUCCCUUUUCCCUGAUGUAGUGAAUUGCAUGCAGACUGAUAACUUGGAGCUAAAAAAGCUGGUAUAUCUCUACUUGAUGAACUAUGCCAAAAGUCAACCAGAUAUGGCCAUCAUGGCUGUGAACAGUUUUGUGAAAGACUGUGAGGAUCCCAACCCUCUCAUCCGUGCUCUAGCAGUACGCACUAUGGGAUGUAUCCGCGUGGACAAGAUCACUGAAUACUUGUGUGAACCUCUCCGGAAGUGUCUGAAGGAUGAAGACCCGUAUGUGCGCAAGACCGCUGCUGUCUGUGUGGCCAAACUGCAUGACAUCAAUGCCCAAAUGGUGGAAGAUCAGGGCUUUCUGGAUUCGUUGCGUGAUCUCAUUGCAGACUCCAAUCCCAUGGUUGUGGCCAAUGCUGUUGCUGCCUUGUCUGAAAUCAGCGAAUCUCACCCCAAUAGCAAUCUGCUAGAUCUAAACCCUCAGAACAUCAACAAGCUACUCACUGCUUUAAAUGAAUGCACGGAGUGGGGGCAGAUAUUCAUCCUAGACUGCCUUUCCAACUACAACCCAAAGGAUGACCGUGAAGCUCAAAGCAUAUGCGAACGGGUGACGCCUCGCCUCUCUCAUGCCAACUCCGCGGUUGUGCUUUCGGCUGUCAAAGUGCUGAUGAAGUUCCUAGAGCUCCUUCCCAAGGAUUCCGAUUAUUACAACAUGUUGCUGAAGAAACUGGCCCCUCCACUGGUCACUUUGCUGUCUGGCGAGCCUGAAGUCCAGUAUGUUGCUUUGAGGAACAUCAACUUGAUUGUGCAGAAAAGGCCUGAAAUCCUGAAGCAGGAGAUCAAGGUGUUUUUUGUGAAAUACAACGACCCCAUCUAUGUGAAACUGGAGAAACUCGAUAUCAUGAUUCGCUUAGCAUCCCAGGCCAACAUUGCUCAGGUUUUAGCAGAACUGAAGGAGUAUGCCACAGAAGUGGAUGUGGACUUCGUACGCAAAGCCGUCCGUGCCAUUGGACGAUGUGCCAUCAAAGUUGAACAAUCUGCUGAGCGCUGCGUGAGCACACUUCUGGAUCUCAUCCAGACCAAGGUCAACUAUGUGGUGCAGGAAGCCAUCGUGGUCAUCCGAGACAUCUUCCGCAAGUAUCCCAAUAAGUAUGAGAGCAUCAUUGCCACACUUUGUGAAAACCUUGAUUCUCUGGAUGAGCCAGAUGCCCGAGCAGCUAUGAUCUGGAUUGUGGGAGAAUAUGCAGAAAGAAUUGACAAUGCAGAUGAGCUCUUGGAGAGCUUCCUGGAGGGCUUCCAUGACGAAAGCACCCAGGUGCAGCUCACUUUGUUGACUGCCAUUGUAAAGCUAUUUUUGAAGAAGCCGUCCGAAACACAGGAACUGGUCCAGCAAGUGCUGAGUCUUGCUACCCAGGAUUCUGAUAACCCAGAUCUACGGGACCGUGGCUACAUUUACUGGCGACUCCUCUCCACAGACCCUGUCACUGCCAAGGAGGUGGUUUUGUCAGAGAAACCCCUGAUCUCUGAAGAGACCGAUUUGAUCGAGCCCACUCUGCUGGAUGAGCUCAUUUGCCACAUUGGUUCAUUGGCAUCAGUGUAUCACAAACCACCCAAUGCCUUUGUGGAAGGCAGCCAUGGAAUCCACCGCAAACACCUGCCUAUCCAUCACGGAAGUACUGAUGCCGGCGACAGCCCUGUGGGAACCAUGAGUGCUACAAACCUGGAGCAACCUCAGGUGAUUCCAUCCCAAGGAGAUCUCUUGGGUGACCUCUUGAACCUUGACCUGGGGCCUCCGGUGAAUGUUCCCCAAGUGUCUUCCAUGCAGAUGGGUGCUGUGGACCUUCUAGGAGGUGGACUUGAUAGCCUGCUUGGCAGUGACCUUGGCGGGGGAAUUGGAGGCAGCCCAGCAGUGGGACAGACCUUCAUCCCAUCAUCCGUCCCAGCAACAUUUGCUCCCUCCCCUACCCCAGCUGCAGUCAGCAGUGGACUGAAUGACCUCUUUGAACUCUCUUCCGGCAUCGGUAUGGCCCCUGGAGGAUAUGUGGCUCCCAAAUCGGUCUGGUUGCCAGCUGUGAAAGCCAAAGGCCUGGAAAUUUCUGGAACCUUUGGCCAUCGGCAAGGACAUAUCUACAUGGAUAUGAGUUUCACCAACAAGGCUCUUCAACACAUGAGUGACUUUGCCAUUCAGUUCAACAAGAACAGCUUUGGAGUCAUCCCCAGCACCCCACUGGCCAUUCACACUCCUCUGAUGCCAAAUCAAAGCAUUGACGUUUCUCUUCCGCUCAAUACUUUGGGGCCAGUCAUGAAAAUGGAACCUCUGAACAACCUUCAGGUGGCUGUAAAGAACAACAUUGAUGUUUUUUACUUCAGCUGUCUUAUUCCCCUCAAUGUGCUUUUCGUAGAAGAUGGCAAAAUGGAACGCCAAGUUUUCCUCGCCACAUGGAAAGACAUCCCAAAUGAAAAUGAACUUCAGUUCCAAAUUAAAGAAUGUCAUCUGAAUGCUGAUACUGUUUCCAGUAAGCUCCAGAACAACAACAUAUAUACCAUUGCCAAGAGAAAUGUGGAAGGCCAGGACAUGCUGUACCAGUCACUGAAGCUUACCAAUGGCAUCUGGAUACUGGCCGAACUACGCAUUCAGCCUGGCAACCCCAACUAUACGCUGUCUCUGAAGUGCCGAGCCCCUGAAGUGUCCCAGUAUGUCUACCAAGUCUACGAUGCCAUUUUGAAAAACUGAUUGGUCAAACCACCACCACUGCCAGCACCUCACCACAUGGGGAACGGGAGCGGGGGCUACCUCCACAUCUACUGCCAUCGCCCCUUGUGUUGGUGUAGGCCAAGAACAUUCCUUCCCUCGAUCUGGGAAAAGCAGCUCUGUGUUGUGUCCGAGAUCUCAGCUCCAGAUGCUGAGGCUAAACCAAGGUAGCAAGUAGUGUCCACGUGCCGGUAACAGUAGGGGAUGUUGCAUUUGAUACUUUUAGCAUCUGUGAGAAUUUUGUAACCACUCCGCAUCAGCUGUUUUUGCAGUCCUGUGUGCCAUGUCUGUCUCGUUUGUUCCUGUGGCUUCUUCAUCUCGUGCCAAUGCUUUGCAUUUUCUAAACCACUGUCGGCCUCUGGUUAAUAUUUUGUAAUAUGCUUCUUCGUUUUAAUAAAUGCACAUGCACACACACACACUCUCAUACACACUCUGCCCAGCCAGAGGCAUCUGAGAGAAACACACACACUGCACUUUAUUAUUCUUUUGUAUUUGCGUACUGCUGAUUAAUUUUUGUAAUGAACCAGCUGUCUACAAUAAGCAGGAAUAAAGGAGGGGCAUUGAAACAAGACUAGUUGUACAACUGUUGCAAGGAAACCAAUGCUGGCUUAUUGAUUUAACCUUGGGAAAUUCGAUUACCUGGUACGAAUUGUAGUUUAUUAUUAUUAUUAUUUAAGGCCUCUCCUUACCUGCCCUCCAUUAUAGACUGAAAAUCCCACCAUUCACUAAACCCUGUGGACACCUGAGGGUUUGUAGCUGAAGAGACAAUCUGUUGCUCUUCGAGCUCCCAGGGAUGAAAACUGAAAGGCAUUGCUGCCCCUGCAUGCAUCAGUGUGUGCCACAGCUCCAUAUUCUCUUUUCCUGUGCUGCCAAUCGAACGGUUCUGAUAGCUUUGUGCAUGUGUGGUCUCUUUGAAAAAAAAACAUGGAGCCAAGACAGUGGCUUUCAGAAGUAAAGAAGAAUAGUAGGUAGCAAGGGAAAAGAAAAAAGGCAAUUUGGUUUUCCUGGUAGUUUAAUCCAGUUACAGUUUCCUCUUGACCUAGGUGUUAAUCUCAUUGGGCAAACUCCUACGGUGCCCUUCUUUGCCAUCUCUGUAAUGGAAUCUCUCUGGAAACCUAAAACAGUAAUGUUUUUCUGCCACCACAUAAAUGUGCCAGAUUCAAGCCAUAUCCCAGUGUGGCUGAAAUGGGCUCUCCACUCCAACCACCCUCAUUUCACCAGAGUAUAACCUUUAGCAAGGAUCUAUGCCCUUCAUGUUCUUUAUGUGGAAUUCAGGUCUCACCGUUAGCCCCCCUAACAUGUUCUGUCUAAGGAAAGAUAAGAUGGUCUUUUCCCUCCAUGUCAGCUGCCUCCUGGCUUGUCUGCUUUUUUUUCUCCUAUGCCCCCAUCGCCAUUGCCCCCUUUCUUGUAGCUGUUUUAUUUCCCACCCUAUUUGGGAGAUGUUGUGUCUAGGACAGGGGUCCCCAACCUUUUGGACCUCAGGGACCACUAAAUUCAUAAUUUUAAAUCCCACAGACCACUAAUAUGAUCUGCUUAAUGACCGGUUGGGUGGGCGUGGUUAGGUGGUCAUGUGACUGGGUGGGCGUGGCCAAAACUCCUCACCUCCCCGCCCAGGUUCCUUAGGGCCCCAACAGGAAGCAAUUGUUGGAGCUAAGCAGCCACUAUGAGAAAGAGUUGGCAAAACAGCUCAGUUCAAAUUGGAUCUGACCAAGAAGAGGCUCAGUAGAAGCACUCACUGAGGACUACGAGCAGAGGUUUUCCAAGCAGAGGCAAGACCUGCGGGAGUGCAAGGCCAGAUACCCAACACCUGGAGUCUCAGCUGACUGAGAUGGUCAGCCAGUCCCAGGCCAUGAUGCAGUCCCACUGGAAUGAGGCCCUCUGGCUCUUCGCCACCAGCGGCGCUUCCCUCCAGCCUUCGCCCAAAGCCCCACACCAGGAGGCUAAAACAGACCCCAAGCCGGAAUUUCUGUCCCCCUCUGACCCACACAAAAAGACCCCAAAAGGGGAUACUCUCUGCAGCAACACAAACGUUCAUUGCACAUGUCCGGCCCAGGGGCCAUAGUUUGAGGACCCCUAAUUUAGUGCAAUAUUAAAAAUGCAAAUAAUUUUUCUGGGGACCACCAAAAUUUUCUCGUGGACCACCAGUGGUCCAUGGGGACCACUAGUUGGUGACCACUGGUCUAGGAGAUCCUCUGAACAAAUUCUGCAUUGCAAUGAUGCAGGCUAUUCCAGGGAGACUUCCGUUUCCUCCACCCACCUACCCACCCACCCCACCCCCGCACAAGGAGCAUGCAUAAACUUUCCAGUGGGCUGCUGCAUUGCCUUUGAAACUUGUAUAUAGAACUAGGCCAAGAUAACAUUCAGUGGGCUGGUGGAAAAGCCUCUUCUUAUUUGUCUAUGGAGAAUCUCAACCAUCCAGGUCAUAGUUGUCCCAAAGGUGCUUUUUUCAAGAGGCAACUGGACUUUCUUGUUUUUCUUUGAAGAUGUUUCACUUCUCAUCCAAGAAGCUUCUUCAGCUCUGACUGGAUGGUGGGGAAUGGAAGGCUUUAUAUUUCUUGCAGACAGCUGGUCAUUUGCAUUCUUUUAGAGAGUCUUUGAGGCCACCUGGAGAUUUAUCUGUGUUGUCAGGGUCACCUGAGUAGUGCAAAUGGAUGUGGAGCCAUCUUGGAACUGUUGAAAGGACUGUGUUGUAGACUGGAAAGAGAUGAUGCCUUACCCCUCCCCCUCUGUUGAGAGAGGGCUGCUCAAUUUUGACAUAGAAGGCCUCUUUGAUCCCUCUUUCAAACCAGCGGUCCUCUCUGUCCAAAAUGUGAACUUUGCUGUCUUCAAAAGAGUGGCCUUUGUCUUUUAAAUGCAAAUAGACUAUUGAAUCUUGUCCUGAUGGGCUUGUUCUCCUGUGUUGUGCCAUGUGUUUAUGAAGUGGUUGUUUUGUUUCCCCAAUGUACAAUGACCAACCAUCUGCAAUGAGUAUAAAUCUUCCAUUCCCCAUCAUCCAGCCAGAGCUAAAGAAGCUUCUUGGAUGAGAAGCAAAACAUCUUCAGAGAAAAACCAGAAAGUCCAGUUGCAUCUUGAAAAAGCACUUUUGGGUCCUUUGAAACUUAAAGAAUCACUCACCUGUGAACAUAAUAGGCAACUCAGUAGAAUUUACUCUUAAGUUCUGGUCAAACUAUGCCUGUCAACAUCAGAAAUAUAUUUUCACUAGCAAGUCCUUAUGAUCCUAUAGAGAGUCCUUGCUUAAUUAUCAUGAUUCAUGAUGCUUUUUGCCAGUUUCUAACAAAACUCCCAUUCAAAUUAACAACCACAUUUACUUAAUGACUACUGCAAAAAAAAAAAAGGCCAGAAAAUAACUUCCAGUCACAUGAGUGCCAUUGCCUUGACUUAUGAUAUAAUGACCUACUGGGCUUAAUUACAGUCGUAUAUCAAGGACUACCUGCAAUUCCAUCAUGCUUGCUUCAUAACCAUAUGAGACCUUGGCUCUUUUCGGUCAGGUAUCUCAAACUGCGUUUCCAAACUCUUCGUUCCUUCAUGAACAUCUUGGGGUUCAUGGCUUAAUCAAGAAGUCCCACUGGGUCGUAAGUGUCUUCAUUGGCUCUUUGCCUGCAUCUUGAAUCUCCUUUGGAAAGUCUAAAGGCUGUGAUUUCAGUGACCUGCAUAGGCAAGCCAAAUUCAAUACCCCUAGCUGACAGAUCAGUAGAACCUCAAUAACCACUUUGUCAUCUGCCUCUUAAAAACUGGGAGUUCUUGAGCAUCCUGCUUUCGGCUUAGUCUGAUUCCUGUAAUAAAACAACCACAGAUAUGUUUGUGUUGUCAUUGUACAACUGCCAUAUGCUGUGCAAGAGCCGUGGUGGCAUAACAGUUAGAAUGUGGUACUGCAGGGCUAACUCACUGCUUACUCCAGGAGUUCGAUUCUGAGCGGCUCAAGGUUGACUCAGCCUUCCAUCCUUCCGAGGUGGGUAAAUGAGGACCCAGAUUGUUGGGGGCAAUAGGCUGACUCUGUAAACUGCUUAGAGAGGGCUGUAAAGCACUGUGAAGCGGUAUACAAGUCUUAAGUGCUAUUGCUAUUAGACGAUCCAGAAGGCAUAAUGGCAUUGUGUAACUCAGGGAUUCGAAGUUGCAGUGCUAGCUCAAGAUUGUUGGUUUCAUAGCAAAGAGGCCAGUGACACUCUGAAGCUUGCAGGAUCCCAAGUCAUGAAGAUUUGUGCCUGACCCUCAAGGAAGUUGUCCCAGGCAGAGAUCCUCUGACUCUUCCAUGCAGGGCUCCAUUUACUCUGACUUGCCAAUUACUUCUGGAUGUAUUAAGUGAAGUCAUAGAACAGGGGUCUCCAAACUUGGCAACUUUUAAGACUUGUGGACUUCAACUCCCAGAAUUCCACAGCCAGCAAAGCUGGCUGUGGAAUUCUGGGAGUUGAAGUCCACAAGUCUUAAAGUUGCCAAGUUUGGAGACCGCUGUCAUAGAAGACUCCUGCUUCUCUUAGUUUUAAAGGACUUCCUGCCAGAGCUCAAUGCCAAUUCCCAUUGGUGGGGUGGCAAGGAGGAAGGUACAGAUACAGUAGUUAUCUUUUUGUGAACAUUUAGAUAGUAAAAAGGAUGGCCUAGAAAAUUAGAACCAUAGCAUUUUCAAGAUGUGUCUCUUGCAAUGAGACAAGUGGAAGCUUUACAAAAAUAAAUACAUUGGAGCUCUUCCACCUCCAGAUCAAUGAUGUGAAGCCACAUGCCCAACAUCAGUAGAGCUGGUGGCCAAAGACCAAAAUGAAAUAAAAGUAGCAGGCAAGGCCCAGACCUGUUUGAAACUGCUACUGCAUCCAUAUAUAUAUAUAUAUAUAUAUUUCCUGGUGGACCUGGUGCUGUUAUUCUUUUGACUGCAUGUCAUGAGAUGUGUCCAGAGGGGAGUAGAAGAUGAUUUCCCCCCCAUCUAUUCAGAACCAUUUGACACCUGGGGGGAGGGGGGACUGGAUAAGGGAUCUGAGCUUUGCUUUGUAUCAGCAAUAAAUGCAAUUUACACAAUUGGCCGUGUCUGGUAUUAACUUCCGUCAGGAAUGGCAAGGGAAAGAACUAAGGAAGUGGGAGGCAAGACAUUUAGUGGGAUUCCUACUUUUCGGCUGUAAUACAAGCCAAACUGCUGUUAAGUCUUCCAGUACAGCUGGAGCUUCUUAGUUACUGGGAGAGAUCAGACUCUUAUUUUGUUUAUUUCCAAUCCAUCCUUCAGGGUAGGACCCUGAAAAAUCCUUCUGGAGAUAGGUUUACUUGUAACACAAAACAAUAAAGAGUGAGAUGAAAACCAAAGAUGAUAAAAGUUAAACACAGAAGUUUAAACCCAUUCAAAGGAAAUGACCUCUCUUCUGAACAAAUCCUUGAGCAAUGCAGUACUUCUUUAGGGGAAAGUUUAAAUCAGUAAUACUUUUUUUCUGAUCAGCUUCCCCGUUCAUGUGUCUUACCUAUGUGGUGUGCUUGCUCUCCAUCUAUAAUAAACCAUGGUUAAUGAAGGGAUGUAAUAUUUUACUGGCACCAUGGAUGUUCCAUCUAACACAGAGGCCUUCUUUCUACAGCUAAUCUCUUCAGCGUGUGAUCUGAUGUUGUGCUCAUUAUACAGUAUAUAUCUGUACUGUAAAGUUUCAAUGGGAUGCUCAUUCCCCCCAAACUGGCUGGUGACAGGGGCAGGGGGUGAGGCAAAGCAAGGCUCAGUACUUGAUUUUUGUCAUUAGACUGGUGUAGGGAUUCUGCUUUCUGGUGGCUUUGCUUUGUUAUGUUGGCUUGCUUUGGUUAUGCAGAAAUAGAUGUUACAGUGAGUUUAGAUGUUAUGGUGUUACGAUGUUUGUAGUACUGUAACUUGAGAAAAUAUUGCAUAGUUCUUUAAUAUAUGAUUACUGCAAUAGAAACAUUUUAUGCAAAAUACUGGAUCUCAGGAGAUAGAACAUUGGGAAAAUUACAUAUGUGAUUAACGUGCUGCCCUAGUUAACUAAUUAUGUAAGGUCUAAAGGAGGCAGGUGAUGACGUAGCCAAUUUAUUAAAUACACUGUAUAAAGGUAGGACGUGGGUACAGCCUAUUGCAAACGGAUGGUGUAUCUUCUCUACAAGUAUCUCCACACAACAAAUAUACGAUUGGUUUUGUACCGGUCAUGGCUACUCCCAAUAAAUCCUGGUAUUGUAGUUUGAUGAAUGAGA